AUGUCUGAAACAAAACAAAGCGAUUGUAAUAAUUCAAAUACAAAAAGUAAUUAUGAAAGUAAAGCAAUGGUGUUAUGGAGAUUUGAUAAUCCAUAUGCUAAUUAUAAGAAAGAUACUGAAAGGAUAUUUGUGUUUAAUGGAUAUACACGUUCAGGGUGUGGAUUAGUAGGAUUAGCUGCGUGGAUUAAAGGUGGUAAAAUAGAUUUUACUGGUACAAAAACAAAUAUUAAUCAUACUAAGAUGAAUGUAGAAAAAAAUGUUAAGUUAAUUUUAGAACAACAAAAUCAAAAAUCACAAGUAGGAAAUAAGAAUAUAAAAGAAUUACGGAAAGUAGAUGUUGAACUACCAGAACCAGAUGAUACCAAAAAUAUAAUGCAUGUAAAUAAUUUUGGGACUUUUGAUAUUAUAUUAGCAUCAGAACUAUUAUAUCUACCUGAAUUACAUAAGGAUUUAGUAAAGACUAUGAAGUAUUAUUGUCAUAGAAAUGAUCAAAAUAAAGGUGAUAAGAAAAAUGAGAAAAGGAACACACGAAUUCUUGGUAUAUAUAAAGAACGUGGAUUAAGUGAAUCGUCAUUUUUUGAAAUUGCUAAGACAUUAGGAAAGUUUAACGUUGAAUGGAUUGAUAUGAAUUGGAUAAGUCAAAAAUUCAAUAUGGUCAACGAAAUUAGCAAAAUAUCUUUAAUUGCAGAUUACAAAUUAUUUUGGUUAAUUAUUUCUGAAGCUUUAUUAACAAAGACUUUGGAAUUGGAACAAUUGCAGCUUGAACCACAAUUACAAUUAAGACCACAAGGACAUUCGAAUUCUUGA